GGAGGAACACACGCCGCUGCUCGGCGGCUCAUGAAGUAGUUCAGGCGUGACACCUUGGGCUGCGGCUGCAUUGCGGCAGAUCAGCUGGUUCCCGGAGCACUGGGCGUGCAGCCGUUCCACAUUAAGCCUGUCCGCAGUAGUCAGCGCCCGGCACCCACAGUUGACGAUGUUGGACCUGCUCAGCACCCAGUACGAUUCCUUUCUGUUCUGGAGGACCCCCAUCCCUGUGAUCGACCUGGCCGAAAUCGAGAUUCUGGUGCCGAACAUCGCGAAAUCAGGCUCCGGAGGUCAGACCCCAGAAUCCAGAUCCCCCGCGUCUCAGGGCGUGUCAGAGGAGGAGGAGGAGGAGCACAUCUUGGCCGAGUACAACUCCUUCAAUUUCUGGAGAGCCCCUAUCGCGAGCUUCAGUGGAAUCGACCUGGAACUGCUUUAAUCCCCCCGCAAUGUUGAUUACAUGUUGUUAGCAUUUUAUAAAUUUUCCUGUACCAACAGAUCCAAUUACUUUAGCAGCCUCCAUCUAGUGUUACAUUGAAUCCUUGAUCAGCAUAUUUUGGGAGUAAAAGCAAGGUAAAUUUUGAGUUGCUAUGGUUCCCCUGUCCACAUUGCAACGUAGAUUAUCAAUUAAUUUUUGCUCCCUAAUCAAAAGAUGCUGCGCAAGAGCACGUUCAACAACCACCUAAUUUGCCCCAUUUUCCACACAGAUUUACGAAAAUCCCCUUCAAGUGUUUAACCAUUUUUUUGAAAGUCAAUGGUGAAACGGCUCCCACUGACCUAUUUUUCGCUUAAACACUCCCCUCGCCUUUCCUCUGACAUUAACGAGAAAGGAAGACCAUUUAGCCGCAUCCAUUAGAACGCGGCUAAUCUGUAUCUGAACGUUUCAAUAUCUGUCACCCUCAGUUUUUACAUCACCUAUGGAUCCCAGCUUCCUGGGGAAGAGGUCCACGUCUUCUCCCCUCUCCCCACACCCCCACCCCCGCUGUGUGAGGAAGUGCUUUGUUACCCUGGCUCUGAUUUUAAGGGUCUCCCUUUUAUUUUGGAGCAUAGCCUUGUAUUUUUCUCUCUCGCCCACUCUCUGUCCUACAGAAGCAGACACGAGAGACUGCAGAUGCUGGAACCUGGAACAACAAACAAAGAUCGGGCAGCAUCUGUGGUGGGGGGGGGGCAAAUGGGCAGUCGACAUUUCAGGUCGAGACCCCUCAUCCUCUGUCCAUUUCCCCGCACAGAUGCUGCCUGAUCCGCUGAGUUCCUCCGGCAUUUUGUUUUUUUUUCUCUCUCUGUGUCAUGUAGAAUUCUUUAACCAUAAGUGAGGAAAAUACAAGCAAAUUAUCUUCACCAAGGUAAAGCAACCCACGGCAACGGGAGUAGGGGAGGGGUCGGGCAACAGCGAUUGCCCGCGAGUACCGCAAAGAUGCUGUCGAACUGCCUCUCGUGGCCUGACAGUGACAGUAGCCCUGGGCAACCACUUGCCCCACCCUGUCGCAGUGGCCACAAGCGACCCAGCUGCAGUCGUGCCGGGGCUUGUGCGGUUCGCAGAACAAAGGCGAUCGAAGACCCCGUUGACCUGCCAACCACGCCCUGAUAUAUUUCUCUUUCUGCUGCCGUGGCUUCUUGGUUAUUUACAUUGUCGAUGUUUGAAUGUGCAGCCGUUGUCUCUUGACAGCCCUCUGCUGUCGGGGGUCAUCGCUGCUGAGCCCGGGGGUUGUCUGAAUGGUGCAUAGAUUUGGGGACAUGGCAUGACACGGGAGGAAGUGGGGCGAUCACAGUACCUCCCUGGAUAGGACAGAAAUGGUUAAAGUUUGCAUCUUCUGGAGGGUUGCCCCGGCUUGCUAUUCGGUUGGAAUCGCAGUUGGUGUCUCCCGUGUCCCAGCCCGCGCAGCUUUGAUGCACCGUUGAUCCAUCCAGAACAUUAAAUGUGAAUUUGAAAACCGUUAAAUGGGGCGCUGUGCCUCCUAUCAAUCAAUAUAUCGAUUAGCAAAUGCGGUGGAGGUCAGUGCAUUUAAAAAAAAACUGUGACUCAAAUGAAUUAUUUAUUUAACUUAUUUAUAUUUAUUUUUAAAUAUUUAAGGCGUCUGUGAAACGGAAAACAUUUCCCUGUGACGUUCCGGCAAGUCCGGGGGUGGGAUGUGUUCCGCCAGGUUAGCCGAGGGGGUAACCUCAGCAAGGGGCACCCCUCCCAUGUUCAUCUUGGGUCUCUGGUGGAGGAAAGGAGCGAGGGAGGUAAGAACCCCAGAGUCUCUGUGGCAUUGGUUCAUUUCAUUGGAGGUGGGGGAGUUUUCAUGGCUCUUUAUACAGCAAGGAUUUCCCCCUCAGUAUUGGGGUGGGCGCCCGUGGGAGCUGACAAAUUCCUGCCGCUCCACAGCCGCUCUUUCUGGGACACACUGAGACAGUGCAGCAAAUCACCCCACCCUGUCUGUUACCCCUGUGGAUCCCUGUGAGCUCAGCGCUCACGGUACCUCGUCCAGCCCAGAGGUUGCGAACACGAGCUGACACCAACUUCUCCCGCCGGCAGGAUCCUAGAUGGGAGUCGCUGGAGCCAUGAGGCGGUACCUGCUGCCCACUGUGUCAUCGUUCGGUUGACCAUGUAUUCUGGGUUAGCGAGGAUGGAGAAGUGGGUAGUUGUCCUAUGAAGUCCUCUUGGGUUUGGGGGAAUGAAGGUGAUCGUAUUGAAGAAGCUUGAGAAUGUAGAGGCAGAGGUGAUGUGCCCCCGACUGAGAUGUCUCGGACCUGGAGUUGGUCAGAGGUUGACUAAUAUUUGGAAAUUCCUACCCCACAGAAUGAUGGAAGCGCAUUCAAAAAAGCAAAUGCUAAACAGGUCCGGUCACAACUGGCGAGGGGUCUCUGACCUGGAACGUUAACUGUUUCUCUCCCACAGAUGCGGUUUGACCUGCUGAGCGUUUCCGGCAUUUUCUAGGUUUGUUUUGGAUUCAAGACAGUAUCAAGUUUUGAGCAUGAAGGGAAUCAAGGGAUAUGGGGCGAGUGAAGGGAAAUGACACUGAGGCCAGUCGCUGUCUUGUUGAAUGGCGGAGCAGGGGACAAAGGGCCACAUGGCUCACUCCUGUUUCUAUUGCUUGCGAGAGAAUUGUCCACUUUGGCCUGUCUCCCCUGCCUCUACUGGGAAUUAUGCUGGUUAGGGAUUGCCAGUUACAAAUACACAUUAAUAAAGGCUGCAGCUGCUCCCAUGGGUACCCACCCCAAUACUUGGGGGGCGGGGUGGAAUUCUUGCCAUACAAAGAGCCAUGAAAGUUCUCCCAUCUCCAAUGAAAUUAAACGAUGCUACAGAGAUGAAGUCUUCACUGCAGGGUAAGAGACUUCCCUCUGUGGGCUGAUACCAGGCACUGGAGACUAGACACUGGACUUAGGGUGUGACUCAUUUUGGCACGUGUCCCAGGGCCAACAGCAAGAACUGUGCAUAUAUAGGGAGCCACUCAACCCUCGGGUCUGCUCCAACAUUUAAAUGGACCUUCAGCACUUUCCUACCUGAUCCCAGUAUGUCUCCAAAAGUCUAUUGAUAAUCAAUUUUGAAUAGAUUCACUCAACAGCCCUCUUUCCACAGCCAGGUCCUUAAGCCCAUUGGAUCCUACCCUUCUCCCAUAUCCCACAGUAGCCUUCAAACACAGCUCGCUUCUGACUCUUAACAAUCCCGAGAAAGCAAUCAUUGAAAGACGAUUGUACAGUCCUAUUAGUGUCUCCCUGCUGCCCCACUGAUUGUAGAUGCUUCAUGUGAAUGUCACAGAACCAACAAUAAAUUGAACUCAUUAAAGAAA